CAAAAAAAAAUAAAAAAAAGAGAAGCUAAUCCAUCCGGGGAACGUGCUGUGAAUGUUACCCAAUACCUAUCACCGAUAGCCGCGAAGCGUCUGCAUAGGGUCCGACGCUGAGAGACACGUGUCGAAAGAUCCUUGCUUCUUACGAAUAUUAGCACUAAUGAUUUUAGAAGCAGAAAGGAGCAAUAUGAAAAGUAAAGGGUACGCACAAAAAAAAAAAAAAAAGGAAAAGGUGAGGAGCAGUAGUUAGGCAGAGAGGAGAAGAGGGGGUGUGAGAGACAAAGGCAUCGAGAGAGUCGGCGCCCCAUGUUCCCGCCGACCAAUCACCACCCACUUCUAAACUCUCACCUCAACUCCUCUCUUUUUCACUGACCCUUUCAUAAACCCCCUUCUUCUCAUUUUCAUUCCCCUUUCAUUUUCCUUUUCUUCCCCGUUCUUCCGUCUGUUUUUCUUGGGUAUCGGAAGACCGCCCGGAUUUUUAUUUUUCACUACUGCACAAUCACGUCUUUUGAUUUAUACAUUUUGAGUAUCCCCCUUUCUUUAUAUAUCUUCUUUUCCUUUUUGCUACAAUUAUGAGGGCUGCCUCUGAAUCCCCUGUGGUUGAGAGAUUAGAUGAUGGGGAAAAGGAAAAGAAGAAGAAACGCCGAUCCAAUCGUCGAUCCAAACAAACUUCUGCGUCCUCAGCAUCUUGUAAUUCUGGAAAUGAGAUACACGGGAUGUCAUCAGAAUGCUCAGGAAACAGCAGGACACCUACUCAUGCCGCUGCUUUGUCAAACGAUCAUUCAUUGAAGCAGCAGGAGAUCAAGAUUUGUUCCCCUGAUGAGCAUGGGCUUUCCAGGGCAUCAAAUGUUUCUUUCACCUCCAUGCCACCAGUGCAUUUCAAUGAGCGUCAAAUGGAUCCUCUGGAUUUGCAAAACAUUCAACCUAAUGGUGGAGGUGUGUGUUCAAAAUCAUGUUCAGAGCCAGUUGGCUUAUCAGCAACUUAUAAAAACAAAGACCUGGUCCCUUCUGGUCAGACUGGGACUUGUGUUCAGAGAAAUUAUUAUAGUCCACACUGGUCGAUGGAAGCUGUUGAGAAGGCUUUAGAGGUUAAGGGGGAUGUUUUUAAAUCCCUUUUUCGUGUCAAUGCCCACAAUAGACUUGAGGCAUAUUGUAAAAUUGAUGGAGUGCCAACUGAUGUUCUCAUUAGUGGAAUUCCUGCCCAGAAUAGAGCUGUUGAUGGUGACACUGUUGCAGUUAAGAUAGAUCCUUUGGCUUUGUGGACUAAAAUGAAAGGAUCAAAUGGUGCUGGUAAUGUUACUGCACCUGUAGAAGAUAGUAACCUGCUUACAGAAGAUAAUGAAGUGGAGGGGAAUAUAUCUGUGCAAAUAGGUAAGGUCGAUGCUGAUUCUGAGUUUGCUAAUUACAGCAACUGCCUUGGUCGAGCCAAAGAGGAUGUUAAUCAUGACACUACUAGUUAUGGAAGUAAUCCUUAUCCUGAAAAGAAAGGGCUAAAUAAUAAUUAUGCUUCUCCUGUUUCAACCAGCCCUUUAGAUCUGCUUGAACCAGUUACUCAUGAUGGUCAUGAUGCUGCUUCUGAUAACUUAAAUAUCAGUUCUUAUAGUGCUCAAGGUGAAGUUAUUAAUGCUGUGGAAAACAUGUGUUUGCUGGUUAAUUCCUUCCCAUCUAAAAGACCAACUGGCAGGGUUGUUGCAAUUGUUGAGAGAUCUCCACGCCGAGAGUGCAUUAUUGGUCAUCUCAAUGUUAAGUCAGCAUUUUCUUUUAGAGACAUGUGCAGAAAAGAUGCAAAGAAGAACAAAAAAAUGGGUUCUGGCUGUGAGUAUAUUCAGUUGAUGCCAACUGAUCCAAAGUUUCCAAAAAUGACACUCCUUGUUAGAGAUUUGCCUAAUUCCAUUAAGAAGAGGUUGCAAAGUGGGGAUGCUACUCUUGAAAUGGAUCUGGUAGCUGCACGAAUUGGUAACUGGUCUCAAGAAAGUCCAUGCCCUCAAGCUCACAUAUUGCAUAUUUUUGGACGAGGUGGUGAAAUUCAGCCACAAUUAGAUGCAAUUUUGUUUGAGAAUGCAGUCUGUGUGUCGGAAUUUUCACCUGAAGCUUUGUCCUGCCUUCCAUAUGUUUCUUGGGAGGUGCCGCAGAAAGAAUUUCAAAAUAGAAUGGACCUUAGAAAUUUGUGCGCGCUUACAAUUGAUCCUUCAACUGCCUCUGAUCUGGACGAUGCACUGUCCAUUGAGAAGUUAUCUAAUGGAAAUUUUAGGGUAGGCAUACACAUUGCUGACGUCUCCUACUUUGUCUUGCCAAACACAACCAUAGAUAAUGAGGCCCAGUCAAGGUCAACAAGUGUUUAUGUGGUGCAAAGAAAGUUAUCGAUGUUGCCACCAUCAUUUUCAGAGAAUAUAGGUUCCCUCAAUCCUGGAGUGGAUCGACUUGCAGUUUCCAUGCUUCUGGACAUAAACCUUGAUGGGGAUGUAUUAGAUCGUUGGAUUGGCCGUACUGUUAUAAAAUCUUCUUGUAAGCUUUCUUAUGAACAUGCACAGGACAUUAUUGAUGGGGUUUUUGAUGUUGAAUGUUUAAACACAAUAGGAGAUCACUAUCCAAAGGUACAUGGCCAUUUUGGAUGGCCUGAUGUUAUCACAUCUGUGAAGAAUCUAUACGAAAUUUCAAGAGUUUUGAAAAAUAAGAGGUUUAAUGAUGGAGCUUUACGACUUGAAAGCCCCAAACUUGUUAUCCUGUUUGAUGAGGAUGGAAUUCCUUAUGAUAGUAUGCUCUCAGAACGAAAAGAAUCAAAUUUCCUUGUUGAAGAAUUUAUGCUUUUAGCUAAUAGAACAGCUGCUGAAGUCAUUUGUAGAGCAUAUCCUGAUGCUGCAUUAUUGCGGAGGCACCCUGAACCUAAUUUGCGGAAGCUGAGAGAGCUUGAGGCAUUUUGUAACAAACAUGGGUUAGAACUAGACACAUCUUCAUCUGGUCGCCUCCAUUGGUCUUUAGAGAAGAUCAGGGAAAAGCUCAAGGGUGAUCCCACACUUUGUGAUAUUCUUAUUUCAUAUGCUACAAGGCCAAUGCAGUUGGCACAAUAUUUCUCUAGUGGGGAUUUGAAGGACAAACAAAAUGAUUGGGCUCAUUAUGCUUUGGCUGUUUCUGCUUACACUCAUUUUACGUCGCCUCUGCGCCGGUAUCCUGAUAUUAUUGUUCAUCGGAUGCUACUUGCUGUUGUAGAGGCUGAGGAGAUGUAUCUGGAGCAUAAAAAGACAUUGCAGGUUAACAAGGGAGAGGAAGUGCAAGAAAGAUGUUUCACUGGUAUGAACUUUGGUAAGGAAGCUGCUGAAUCUGUGGAAGGGAAGAAGGUGCUAUCAGCUUCUGCUUUGAAGCAUGGAGUUCCUUCUACUGAAUUACUUGUAGAUGUUGCUGCUUAUUGCAAUGCGAGAAAGCUAGCUAGUAGAAAUGUCAAGGAUGCUUGUGAUAAACUUUACAUGUGGGUUCUCCUCAAAAAGAAGGAGGUGUUAUUAUCGGAAGCAAGAAUAUUGGGGUUAGGCCCAAGGUUUAUGUCAAUUUAUGUUCAAAGACUAGCUAUUGAGCGGCGCAUAUAUUAUGAUGAAAUUCCAGGCUUGAACGCAGAAUGGCUGGAUGUGACCUCCACUUUGGUCCUCAGCAUGUGUACUGAUAAACGUGCGUUUAGGAGAGGCAGCCCUGGUAAAUGGAGGGCAUUUGAAGAAGUUGUGUUCCUUUCUUGUCCUUCUAGAGAUGGUAUUAACGAGUGUGAUGCAGUGAAAAUGGGAGACACGGAUCUUAGUUCCAGAUCAGACAGUUCAGGGACUGAAAUUGACCCUGCAGUUUUCCCCCUUACCCUGCGCCUUCUUGCGACGGUUCCAGUAGCACUGCAUGCUGUUGGUGGGGACGAUGGACCUCUUGACAUUGGGGUGAGGCUGUUCAUGAGCUCCUACUUAAGGUGAGUUGGUAGUCCUGAGGGAUGCCCUGAAUGGAUGCAGAGAUGAGGAGGCUGAGUGAUCUUAAAUAUGGAUGGAUGGAUGGAUGGAUGGGAUGGGAAGGACUAGUUGCACUGUAGAUAAGUUGUGUAUAGUUUGACACUAGAAGGGGGAUGGGAUGGGUGGGGUUUGCCGAUGCUUAAGAACGUGCUUAAUGGAUAAUUUGGGAUGCGUAAAUAAAGAAAGAUAAGGGAUUUUGUUGGCAGCUUCGGCCAUAGUUGUCUUCCGUUAGCAGAAGCUGCUUGUUGGAAUAGGCCCUUGUUUUUGUUGGCCCUUUCCAUCAUCUACUACUACUACUAGUAGCAUUAGGAUAAUUCAUGUUUGCCCGCUUUCGGUUCUCUGAUGCAGAGACUGGGAGCCAGAAUUCCAUUUUCGUUUGACUGCGGCCCAAUGCUUUUUUUGAUUUUGGGUGGCUAUCUCUUGUAUUUGUAAUUUCAUCUUUUGGACGUCUUUGUAUUUUUUAUUCAUAUUUUAUACUCCUUUCAUCUCGCCUUGGGUUA